CCCUCUGACCCGGUGUCUAGUCGCUCUGUCUUCCUGUUCCAAACCACGUGGACGCGUCGGGGGCCGCCGUGGUCCCUGUCGCGUUCCCAGCUCCCGGCCCUCCGCGGACUGCGCGCACAUGGCGACCCAGGCGCACUCCCUCAGCUACGCGGGGUGCAACUUCUUGCGCCAGCGGCUGGUCCUGUCCACCCUGAGCGGGCGCCCGGUCAAGAUCCGGAGGAUUCGGGCCAGGGACGACAACCCGGGCCUUCGAGAUUUUGAAGCAAGCUUUAUAAGACUGUUGGACAAAUUAACUAAUGGUUCUCGAAUUGAAAUCAACCAAACGGGGACAACCUUGUAUUACCAGCCUGGCCUCCUGUAUGGCGGGGCUGUGGAGCAUGACUGCAGUGUUCUCCGUGGCAUUGGCUAUUACCUCGAGGCUCUGCUUUGCCUGGCUCCAUUUAUGAAGCACCCAUUAAAAAUCGUCCUGCGAGGAGUAACCAAUGACCAGGUUGACCCUUCGGUUGAUGUUCUUAAAGCAACAGCACUCCCUCUGUUGAAACAGUUUGGGAUUGAUGGAGAGUCAUUUGAGCUAAAGAUCUUGCGACGGGGAAUGCCUCCUGGAGGAGGAGGCGAAGUGCUUUUCUCAUGCCCAGUGAGGAAGGUCCUGAAGCCUGUUCAGCUCACAGACCCAGGGAAGAUCAAGCGUAUCAGAGGGAUGGCGUACUCAGUGCGCGUAUCCCCUCAGAUGGCAAACCGGAUUGUGGACUCUGCCAGGAGCGUCCUCAACAAGUUCAUACCUGACAUCUAUAUCUACACAGACCACAUGAAAGGCGUUAACUCUGGGAAGUCUCCAGGCUUUGGACUGUCACUGGUGGCAGAGACUACCAACGGUACCUUCCUGAGCGCUGAACUGGCCUCUAAUCCCCAGGGCCAGGGAGCAGCAGUGCUUCCUGAGGACCUCGGCAGGAACUGUGCGAAGCUGCUGCUUGAAGAAAUCUACAGGGGCGGAUGUGUGGACUCGACCAACCAAAGUCUGGUUCUGCUGCUCAUGACUCUCGGACAGCAGGACGUUUCCAAAGUGCUGCUGGGACCACUCUCCCCCUACACGAUAGAAUUUUUGCGGCACUUGAAGAGCUUUUUCCAGGUUAUGUUUAAAAUUGAAACCAAACCGUGCGGUGAAGAACUCAAGGGUGGGGACAAAGUGCUGAUGACCUGUGUUGGUAUUGGCUUCUCUAAUCUCAGCAAGACUCUCAAGUGACACUGUCGCAACAUAAGGCUCCGUUGUGUUUGGACAAAGCAGAAGCUGCGAAGGACCAAAGGGACAAGUCCAGAUGUGUCCAUCCUGGACAGGACAGCCUCGUAACACUGAGGGCUUAAUCACUAAUUUACCACUGAAAAUACUGAUGUGCAAAUAAAAGACGUCUCUACCAUGUGACCUCCAGCUGCUUCUCCAGUGACAGUGGCGUUCCUUAGAGGCCCACGCUACGAGCCUCCCGACUCCCCUGGAGGAGGGGCCCUCAGGGAGCAGUCAUGCUGCUAGAACACGCCUGUGUCUUUGGACUGUGGUUUUGUGCGGGACUGAUGCUGCAGUGGGUGUGGAAGCCUCUGUUGAUCGUGACAAACCCUGAGGAUGCCGGGGGCUGGGGCAUUUGUUUAUCUCUUGUCUUGUGAACAAGUAGUGUGGGCACAUGCUGAACUUCCUCUGGUCCACUGUGUUUGCCAGGUCGGGAUGGGGGAGGGCAGUUAUGGGUGUCUUUAAAGGUUUUCUGUAUCCCAGGUAUGACAUAAAUUUUGUUUUUAUUCUUCUAA